AUGUUGCGUGAGAUUGAGCGACUCACACGCCUAAAAGCAGCUGUACGGCACGAGAUGCACGAAAUGCGUCUGCAAGACAUCACAAGAGAAAAUGCCUUGGGGCAACAAUUAGAAGCAUUGCGAAUAGAGUCUGUUAGACUAGAGCAGCAGCGUCAGACAUACACCGCAUUGGAUGAAUGUGGGGAAACAACAUUAGAGAAGGAGAAAGUGGUAUGGUGGCGUACAUCUCAGUUGUUGGAAGCGUGUCUACGAGUUGAUGCUCCUUUCAUUCCUGCUGAUAAUGUCACUCCCACCAUUACCGUGACUGACUGGCGAAGU